AUGAGUUUAUAUCAUCACACGCGUCGUUCCCUUCUCGACAAACAGGUAGUUUCAGAUACCAGCGAAAGAACGCAUAAUGGUAAAAGCAGUGAGGCUAAUUUCGACACGAACAUGGUCAUCAUCUUGGCAGCCUUGUUAUGUGCACUAAUAUGUGCACUUGGGAUAAAUUCGAUAGUAAGAUGUAUACUGCGAUGUGCUAAUAGGUUCACGUUGGAUGCAAUCGACCAAACAACGCCCCGGGGAGUGGUCGGAAAGGGCCUAAAGAAGAGGACUCUGCGACAGAUUCCGGUAGCUGAGUAUGGAUCAGGACAUGAUAAUGCUGCAGCUUUUACAGAUUGUCCAAUAUGUCUUGGUGAAUUUAUGGAUGGUGAAAAGGUUAGAGUUCUUCCAUAUUGUCACCAUUGUUUCCAUGUGAAAUGUAUAGAUAUUUGGUUGGCUUCGCAUUCUACGUGCCCGACGUGCCGGCAGUCAUUGGAGGAGCAGCCACCGAACCUUGAGGCUGAUGGGAGGCAGGGAGGAAAUGCGGCAGGAGGACAUGAUGGUGAUUUGCCUAGUUUUGCUGAAGAAGUGUGCUAA